AUGUACUGGGACACAGCGACAGCGGCUUCGAAGGAUGAGGCUUCUGAGGAUAAAUUUGUUGCUAAGGCUGAGACGUGCCGUGAUGCUCUGGAGAGCUUGAAGGAGAAGUAUUCCGGUUGGAUUUUGCCUGAGCUUCCGGGCCCAAAGGUGACGCUUGGGGUAUGGAUUUGGACGGCUUUGCUUCAGGAAUAUUGCCAACAGAACAAACUGGACCGUCCUAUUUAUACGAAAUAUGCGCACGAGGAAGGGUUCCGGUAUGAAGUAGAGGUUGGAGGGGUAUCUUGCUUCGGGGCCAAUAAGUUCUAUAAAACUGCAACUGAGGCUAUACAUGCUUCUGCUCAUGCAGCUCUUUAUUGUCUUUUAAUCACCGGCCCCGAGAUUAUGCCAUUGUUUCAAGGGGCUAUGCGGAAACGACAUGUGGGCAGAAACCGACUGUUGUCUGGCGACCCAGGUGUGCCUACUGCGCCCAGGGCUGUUCUGCUGCCACCUGGGCCAACAAAGCAAGUGGGUGAGAUGGCUAGAAAGGGCAAGAAGAAGGAUAAUGGAAAGAACGCCAACUUGUUGCCGAUUCCUACGACGAGUCGGCGGUUGCCAACCGUAGUACUCCCGUCAUCGGAGACGAAAAGCCACAAAAUAUGGCCUGGAGACCUUGAGUUGAUGACGAAGAAAUAUUCGAAUCCGUGCGAGCGUGUUGAAAAGAUAUGCUUUCUUUUAUCCAUGGAACUGCCAGAAUAUCACAUAACCCCGUUGGAAGGACAGGCGGACGGGACUGCUCUGCUUUUCAGCGCGGCGGCGCGGUUCCCAAAUGAUCCAUUCCUUGCGCGGGUUGGUAAUAUUGGGUGGACCAAGUAUGUUGAAUCGACGCAGAUGGCUAAGGAGAAGUGUGCUGUGCAGGUGGUUGGGUAUCUGAUGAGGAUGGUUAGGGAGGAUGAGGAUUGGGAGCAGGAGGAUCCGGGGCAGAAGGUUGGGGAAAAUAUUAGCAGGUGGGAGGGAAUGGCUGCUUCAGCUGCUGCAGGUAUGUUAGAUUCGGGGGUUAAUGUGGAUUUUGGAAAGGGUGGUGCUGCGGUUGAUCGGUUUGGUUCGGAUGCUAGGUGUGAUUUCAUUCCCUUGGAGUUGGAAGGGUCUGUGAAAUUCAAGGAGGAUGAGGAGGAGGGUGGGAUUAUGUGGACGGGCGAGGUUAGAAGCAAAAAGAAUGAGAAUAAUGAUCGAGCAGAGUAA